UGCUGUCUACUCCGUUUACGUGUACUGCUUACUUCUUCCUGUUUUUCGUGCCGGACUUGUCUGAGGAAGGCAAAGUGGCGUAUUAUCUUCUCGUGUUGUGUCUCUUCCAGGCGGGAAUCUCCGCUUUACAUGUCCCGUACACGUCUCUGACAAUGUGCAUUAGCUCGAAGCAAGUCGACAGAGAUUCAGCCACAGCAUACAGAAUGGUAUCUGAAGGAAUUGGAGUUCUGCUUGCUAUAUUGAUUCAAGGCAAACUGAUCGAGCGAGUACGGACGGCAGGACAUUGUUCUCACACGAACUCUACAGCCCCGCCGCAUUCGUUAGCUGAGCAGAAAUGGUCGUACACUUUAGGUUCUGUUAUUGUCAUAAUCAUAUACGUCGUGUGUAUUAUUGCUGUGUUUUUUGGAGUCAAGGAAAAAAUAGUUCUAAAAAAGGAUAGAGCAUAUUCCAGUUAUUUCAAAGGAAUCAAAACUGCAUUAACAUACGGCCCAUUUGUUAAAGCAUCGAUGGUUUUUCUCUUCUGUAGUUUAGCCAUGGCUAUAGUACAAGGAAAUAUUGCAUUAUACUGCACUCAUACACUCAAGCUGGUACAUUUCUCCAAUUUCAUUAUGUUGGCACUGGUGACAUCUGUGAUAAGCAUGCCAGUGUGGCAAUGUCUGCUCAUCAGAUUUGGCAAGAAGAAAAUAUACGCAACUGGAAUGAUAAUAUUUAUUCCGGUAGCUCUAAGUCAGUUUCUGCUACCAGAAAACGCGUCCUACGCCUAUUAUAUUGUGGUUUGCAUAGCUGGUCUGUCUAUAUCCGUAUCUCUUCUUUUACCUUGGUCAAUUUUGCCUGAUGUUUUAGACCUGUAUCUAGUGGAGCGCCAAGAAAGAAAGGAUGCUAUUUUUUAUUCGUUCUAUGUGUUCUUUAACAAACUUGCUACAGGUCUUGGCCUAGGUAUAUCGCAAGUGGUGUUAGAGCUGGGAGGUUAUGUCACAGGUGCGUGCGCACAACCGGAAUCUGUGUCAUUUACUCUGAGGCUGUUGAUGACGUGUCCUGCAGUCUUUAUGCUGGGUGGGCUCCUCAUCCUGUGGACCUACCCCAUAGACGAACGGAAAAGAAGAGAAAUCCAACUAGAGGUACAAAAUCGAGAUCCACCAUUGACCUCUGAUGAUGUACUAUUGACCACUGAAGACACGUACGAUGACGCUCAAGAAACGAAAUUCGACGACAAGUGACACUACACUUUAAAAAUAAAAGGUUACUAAAAAACAACAAAAACCCUAACAACAACAACUCAGCUACAUAAUAUAACAUCGUAACACUAAUUCGAAAUAUCAAAUCUACUAUGGACGAUCAGAAGUUAAUAUUUGGUAACUGGGGAGGCAUAAAGUUUGCCCAAAAUUCUAUAUUUGCUCGGAUGUGGUGUCUUCCGGCAGAAGGAAGUGGAACAACCGCCCUCCCUUCCAUUCCAGCACAGUACUCCUAUGCAUUCGAUAUAUCGAAAUACUAUUUUGUUUUAUCGAUUAAAGCAAAUACCUAUGUCACGUCACAGGCUCCAUUCACAGUUACAACGUUUACGUUUGUUCAGCAAGACAGAACAGGGAACGCUCGUUGGACUGCUUUUUGUGCUUCACGACUGCUUUUUGUGCUUCACGUUAAACCGAAUAACCACAUAAGGAACCAAAAUGUUCGCUAACGUUAGCUAUGCUCUCUAUCGCUGAACGCAAUGAUGGUUUUGAUCUGCUAGUAUAUGUAUCUCUAACGAUACAGCUAGAGUGCAUAGUCAUUACAUAAUAGAAUAUAUUUCUUUAAAGAGCAAGGUGCUGUCCUGGUCCGACUAACAGAACCUUUUUAACAACUAAAUGUAUAUUAAAUACAUUAUUUUCUUUAGAAUAUCAGUGUCUCGAUGUAUUUUCAGCUCAAUGUUCACUCAAACGUUAUUUUAUGUCAUAUAUAUAUAUUCGUUAUAUAUUGUGUGUCUCUCUCUCUCUCUCUCUCUCUCUCUCUCUCUCUCUCUCUCUCUCUCUCUCUCUCUCUCUCUCUCUCUCUCUCUCUCUCUCUCUCUCUCUCUCUGUGUGUGUGUGUGUGUUUUAUACGUACGAAAUUAUUGGGCGGUAAAACCCAAUUUGAAAUAGUACAGAUAUUACGAUAUUGAUAUUCUAAACAAAAACGUGUAUUUAUUGUGUAAUUUUAGUCCAUAAAAACGUUAGAUUAGUUGGAACCAUGUUAUAAUAGUAUCAAAGUCAGUGCAGUGUCUUUAAUAACAACUGUUAAGACAAAAAGAUACGUUGUGAUGUAUACGUUGUGGUUGACAAAUUUGUUACUGUCAUAAUUAUAUGAAAUACAAUUGUAAAAUGUUAAAUAAAAUGAAAAAUACAUUGUACAGAAGUAAUCAUUGAUAAAUCAAUGACAUUAAUAUGUACGAUUGUAUUCACUGUGUUAUUGUGCAGAUUUAUUUUUGUAUUACGUUUUGUGUUAAUUUGUGAAAUUAAGAA